GCUCGUGACAGAGGGUUAACGGCGUGCUCUUUGUUCACAGUGUACUCGUUCGACGGCAUUCUUGUGUUUGGGCUCCUGUUCAUUUGCACAUGUGCGUAUCUGAAGAAGGUCCCUCGUCUGAACAGCUGGCUCCUGUCUGAGAAGAAAGGUGUCUGGGGAGUCUUUUACAAAGCCGCAGUAAUAGGCACACGGCUCCACAUCGUGGUGGCGGCGUCCUGCGUGUGUAUGGCGUUUUACCUGAUCUUUCUGAAAUGACCUGGAUGAACGGGUCUCUGUGGACUCUGGACUGCAGAAGUCCAAUAGAAACGCAGUGCGGGCAGGUUCGGCCGGCUACUGGAGAAGACGCACAGUGAGCCGACUCCACCUGCGGUUUAGCACCCAUUUCAGACCUGCUUUCCAUUUUUGUAAACGUUUAACUUAAGAUUAGAUUUCGGGUGAAUUCGGUCUUAGAUCAGGGUUAAACAGUAAUAUCUGCCGAAAACGAAGCACCUGCUUAUGGAUUCAAACUUCACAUCUUUUUCUCGUGUCGUUCUCUCAAACAUGCACAUUUUUGCUCGGGCUUAGAGGGGUACAGUAAAGAAAGCAGAAAAACAAUGUUAUCUUGUGCAAUUUUUGAAUAUAAGUUGUUUUUAUAAAGAUGUCAUUUAUUAAGAGCUUCAAGAUUUUAGGUUUUGGUGGUGUGAAUGGCUUUUUGUCAUUAUUUCAUUGACCCCAAAUGUUUAGAAUAAACAUACGAGACCUAUUGGGACAAUUUAACAAUUAAAGGUUUUCCAUAGACUUUCACCGUAAAAUAAAUUAAAAGUGAUUUAGUUUAGUAAUGCUACUAGAUCAAAACUUGCAACUUUUUUUGAUACAUGCUCUAAUUUUAUAAUAUAUGUAAAGGCAAAGCCUCUUGAUCUACGGCAUGCGAUUUCAUUGUAAAGACGUGUCUGUUUGCUAAUCACACUUACAUAAAACCAAUAAUCACAGACAUAGAUGUCUUCACUUCUCUGAACAGACAAGCUUUCAUAUUAUAUGUGGAUAAUAUAAAAUUAUUGGAAAAAUCACAAUGGGGAAAUACACUACAAGUUCAGUCUUAAAUAUAUACCUAUGAGGGUUUCAGCUUCCUGUUUAUUAACCAUGCUAAUUUCACUUUUUCAACUCUUAAGUUAAAAAUUAGGAAGGAAGGAAGGAA